CUGUCAACAACGAAUUCAUUGAAUUUCUCUUUCGGAAGGCCAUUAAUUUAAAGAGCGAUUUUUGACAAAUGUCAGAUCUGAAACUGAAAUGUCGAAACAUAUUGGUUUUUGUCCGAUAUGCUACGACGACUUACGCAACAAAUGUGUUGCAUCCCCGGAUGUUUGUGAACAUACGUUUUGUUUUGAUUGCCUCCAGAAGUCUUCCAAACUAGGAAGGUUUUGUCCCGUUGAUAGAAAAAGAUACAGAAAAAUAAUUAAUGUAAAAUCAGGAAAAUCAUUUCAGGUUAAGCCUUGUAGGCGAAAAAAGGAGCGGGUACUUUAUGAUAUAUCUGUAUAUUGUGAAAUAUGCUCAAAGAGUAGUGAGGGAGAGAAACUACUGCUGUGUGAUUGUUGUGAUUUAGGAUAUCAUUGUAAGUGUCUUUCUCCUCCUCUGAAGAGUAUUCCGUCUGGUCAGUGGUUUUGUCCAGAGUGCUUGGCUGUAGAAGAGAGAAUGAAAAAGAGCAGAGGUAUAACUAAGGAGGCAGAAUGCAGUGGAACUCAAGCAGGUUAUUCCAAUUUUCAAGGUACCAAGUACAUUGAGACAUUUGUCAUAUCGCUUGAUAAGCUUCAAAAAAGCCCUCCAGGAAAAAAUCAGGGCUUGCUUAUGGAAGAAGCGUUUGAAUGGCUUGUUUCACUUCAGUAUUGCUUCCAAAGCGCCUUUCCCGAGAUUUUUCUUCAAAGACGGAAACAGAGGAAGUUGCUUGGUGCGAGAUCAGGAUGUAUGGCGGAUGGUGUGGUCUCCCAACCAGAGUUGCAAUAUGGUUUUGCUGCCGUCGCCGGUGGUCUGGCAUUGUCAUAA